AUGCCUCAACCCAGUCAAGGAACUGGUAAGGAUCCAUCCCAAAGGAAACGUACGCGACUCGACCCCAUUGCCUCAAUGAAAAACAAAACCAAUGCUCCAGCAGUAAUAGCAGCCACUAAGGCUGAAAACGACGCCAAGAAAUCUGAAUUUGCAGGACUGCGUAAAGUGUUUGAAGUCGCAGAAGCGAACAUAAAAGCUGAUAUAAUAAAACAAGAGAGACAGAAGCUGAGAGAGAGAAUUGAAAAGAAUGUAGCUCAUGCGCGGGCGAAACAGAACAAGGAAGAAGAAGAGCUCAGGAAGGUGAAAACAGGUGCUUCUAGUGUAGGAAAGAAACGUCCGGAGAGAACGAGUAGUACUUCCAGUACAGAUAAGCCAAAGGGAAAGGGGACUGUGAAGAAGCAAGUUACGUAG